AUGGUGAUAAGUGAUGAUGUUGGUGGUGAUGAUGAGAGUGAUGAUGAUGAUGGUGAUGGUGAUGAGAGUGAUGAUGAUGGUAAUGCUUGUGGUGAUGACGAUGAUGGCGAUUCUGAUGAUGAUCGUGGUGGUGAUGAGAGUAAUGAUUAUGAUGGUAAUGGGGUUGGUGGCGAAGAGAGUGAUGAUGAUGAUUAUGGUGAUGAUGACGAUGGCGGUGAUUGUGAUGAUGAUGAUAGUUUUGGUAAAUUUUGA